CAGAAUGCAGACCAUGGAAGCUCUGACUUCUCACUCAGGUCUGCAAGAUGUGUGCUCUUGAGCAAGUUGCUUACCUCCCGGAGGUGUUGGGUCUACUUCUGGAAGAUGCUGAUGAGAGUGACCACUUGUCGAGGGCUUUCUCUGUGCCAGCACUGUGCUGACCUCCUUAUAUACCAUAUGCCCUCCUGUGAUGCACACCAGGCUGCAGCCACUUUACAGACUAACAGACUGAGCCUCACAGGGGCACCAAACCAUCCAACUGGCCCAGAAGGAAGGCAGGAUUGACAUUCUUUCUGCCAGACUCUAAGAGUCAUGUGGUUCCCGCAGUGCUUUCCUGUAUAGACUCCUAACCCUCAGGACUCUUGGAAGAUGCAGAAGGACUUCUGAACUGCCCCCAGGGUGGAACCUGGCCAACGAGUGGAGCUUAAGGGAGGAAAAUCUGCAUCCUGAAAUGACAAAGUUUCUGAUCAUGAGUAGUUUCCAAGACUGGAAGUGUCUAUCUUACGGCGGGCUGCGGGGUGCUGGACCUACGGUCUCCACUUGCUGUGUCCUCCAGAAGUUCCCGGGAGUGAUGUUCACCUUGUCCAUGUUGAUAAUGGGUGUUUCUGCCUUCACCAUCCAGCUUGAGGAGCGCACGGUGGCUGCAGGAAACUGCCAAUUUCAUGGCAGGCAUCCGAAAACCAGGUUCAAGGUAGAAGGGGAGCCUGUGGCCAUGAGGUGCCCCCAAGUACCGUACUGGGACUCUGCCAUCGCCCAUGUCAACGUGACAUGGCGGAGAAACGGCUCCACCAGGACAGUGCCAGGGGAGGAAGAGACUCGCGUGUGGAUCCAGGACGGUGCCCUCUGGAUCGUGCCGGUCUUGCGAGGGGACUCCGACACCUACAUCUGCACUGUCAGAAAUGCCUCUUACUGUGAUGAAAUGUCCGUUGAGCUCAGGGUUUUCAAGAAGUCAGAAGCUUCCCUGACUCUCAUCUCCUACCCACAAAUUAUAACCUUGUCAGCCUCCGGGUUAUUAGUUUGUCCUGAUCUGAGUGAAUUCAUUGGGAACAAAACUGAUGUGAAGAUUCGAUGGUACAAGGAUUCUGUACCUUUGGAACAAGACCAGGAGAAGUUUCUAAGUAUGAGGGGAACUCGCUUGCUUGUAAACAAUGUAUCUAUGGAGGAUGCGGGCUAUUAUAGGUGCGCCAUGACGUUUGUUCACGAAGGCAAGCAGUACGACAUCACCAGGAACAUCAGACUCCGUGUUAAGAAAAGAGAAGAGGAGACCAUUCCAGUGAUCAUCUCCCCUCACCAGACCAUCUCAGCUUCACUGGGGUCGAGACUGACGAUCCCGUGUAAGGUGUUUCUGGGAGCUGGCAUACACUCGACCACCGUGCUGUGGUGGACGGCCAACAACACCUAUGUAGAGGAUGCCUACCAGGGGGGCCGCGUGACCGAGGGGCAGCGCCAGGAAUACUCAGAAAAUAAUGAGAACUACAUCGAAGUGCCACUGAUUUUUGAUCCAGUCAUAAGAGAGGAUUUGCACACGGAUUUUAAAUGUGUUGUCCGCAAUACAAUGAGUUUCCAGACGCUUCGUACCACAGUCAAAGAAGCUGCCACGUUUUCCUGGGAGAUUGCACUGGCCCCCCUUUCCCUUAUCCUCUUGGCUUUGGGGGGGAUGUGGGUUCACAGACGGUGUAGAAGCAGAACUGGAAAAGCCUAUGGUUUGGUGGAGUUGAAGACCGGCCAUCAAGAUUCCCAAUCGUAUCUGAGUAAAAUAAAGGAAAUAAAAUAGUUUGAAUCAAGCGAUGUCCUUUCUUCUGGAAGCGACUCUGCUUUUUGAGGGACACUGUUCUUUUCCUCAGUUGUUUAACAGAGCUGCUGUGUUUAUAGUGGGUUUGUAGUAAAAGACUGAAGUG